AUGCCUUCAAAUACAUCCACCUAUCCUUUACGUGAUAUUCCAGUCCCUUAUAGAUACUCAUCUUCUAAUUGUGGAAUAAUAGACUUAUUAUCAAAAUCACAAAAUUAUACAAGAUCCAAUUUUAUAAAUUCUUCUACAUCAAUUAAUAAGAAUGAUUUAUCUACUAAUGACAUAAAUAUAUCUUUGAAUGGACAAGAUAAAAAUGUGAAUAACCUAGUUUCGAGUGGCGUUCUACCGAAAAUGAUAGCGUCACAGACGUUACUAGUAAACGAGAAUGAAAAAAGGGCAAGGGAAGAUAAAGCUGAAAAUGAUGGACACAGAAGACCACUUAUUAAAAAAAUCAAAUUAAUGGAGAAUACUAAUACUAGUACCACAAAAGAUCAUCUAGUAACAGAAGAAUAUUCUCAAGAUAAUUCUACUAUCGUCAAUGCUAACACAACUAUUACAACGACAACUGUUUUGGAUGAUCCAUUACCAUUGUCUCCUAUUGCAUCUUCAGGAAUAAGUACUCCAGAUGAAAAAGAUCUAAAUGAGCUUAAUGAUCUGGGAAAACCAAAGAUCAAGAAUAUCAACAACGAUAAUAAUAGUAAUAUGGGUAUAAUAUUUAAUAAUCAUGAUUUACAAAAUAUGGAUCCAGUAGAUUUACAAAGAAUAGCAUAUAAUAUAAUUUGUAAUCUGAAUAGAAGCCAAUUGACGGAUUUAAAUGUGUUAAUUAGGGAUAAUUUAAAAAGAGAUUUCAUAUCUUCAUUACCUAUUGAGAUAGCCAUUAAGAUCUUGACAAAAUUAUCUUUUAUAGAUAUUGUACAUGCACUAUCAGUUUGUACCACAUGGAACAAAAUAAUUUAUAACACACCAUUUCUUUGGAAGCAUUUACUGUUGUCUGAAAGAUUUAUUAGCAAAGAAGAGUUCAAGCAAUAUAAAAUACAAUUGAAAAAACAAUAUCCAUUAGUUGAUAACAUUGAGGAUGUUUAUAAACUAGAUUUUGUCAAUAGAUGUCACAUUUUGAAAAAUUGGUAUAAUCCAAACUUUGUUCCACAAAGAGUUACACUAAAAGGACACAGAACCAGUGUAGUAACAUGCUUACAAUUUGAAAACGAUUAUAUUAUUACUGGUGCAGACGAUAAGAUGAUUCGUGUAUAUGAUUCCAAAAAUAAAACAUUUUUGAAAGAACUAAGUGGUCACGAUGGUGGAGUUUGGGCAUUAAAAUAUGACUGUGAUAGUAUUAUUGUAAGUGGAUCAACAGAUCGUAGUGUUCGUAUAUGGGAUAUUAAGCGUGGUUGUUGUACUCAUGUUUUCAAAGGUCACACGUCAACAGUGCGGUGUCUUGAUAUUGUGGAAUAUAAUGGUGUCAAGUAUAUUGUCACCGGAUCUAGGGAUAAUACAUUGCAUGUUUGGAAAUUAGACCAGACUAUAUACAACCGUGAUAACAUUGAGGAAGAAAGAAGACAAAAAAAAUGGCCUUUGAUUUUUGAUUCAACAAGUAGAAAUCCAUUUUUUGUUGGUGUGUUGAAAGGACAUUUAGCUUCAGUACGUACAGUGUCUGGCCAUGGUAAUAUUGUUAUUAGUGGAUCAUAUGAUAAUACUCUGAUUGUUUGGGACAUUAGUAAGAUGAAAUGUCUUCAUAUUUUUGCUGGUCACACAGACCGUAUAUACUCUACCAUAUUUGAUCACAAGAGGAAUAGAUGUAUAUCUGCCAGUAUGGAUGCUACAAUAAAAAUAUGGGAUAUGAAUGAUUUAAACCGAAAUGGUCCAUACCAAAUAGUCACAGCAUCUGGAUCUACAUGUACAAGACAUAGUCGUUCAUGGAAAACAUUAACCGGGCAUUCUGCAUUAGUAGGACUUCUACGAUUAUCAGAUAAAUAUUUAGUCAGUGCAGCAGCAGAUGGUUCUUUGAAAGGCUGGGAUUCCAAUGAUUAUUCUCGCCAAUUUGCAUACCAUCAUGAUAACUUAAGUGCUAUUACCACAUUUUGUGUUGAUGAUAAUAUAUUGGUUAGUGGAUCUGAAGGGCAAUUUAAUAUAUACAAUUUAAGGAAUGGUGAAUUGGCUCAUUGGAGACUUUUGGGGGAUGCCGAUCAAAUUUGGUCUGUCAGUUUUAAAAAUAAUAUCCUGGUGGUUGCAGUGGAAAAGAAUACUCAAAGCUUUAUUGAGAUUCUUGACUUCAGUACACGUGAACCAAUUUAUAUGACCAGACUUUAA